AUGAGAACAAGAUUAAAUCCACCAUUAGACGAACCUCCAGAAAAACGGUUACGUCUUGGAGAAAACCAUUUUCCGGAUCUGGACUCGGAAGACGAUUUCUUCAUCAACCCAAACAGAUCCGAAAUAAGACCAUUCCCGAGAUUCGCUCACCUUCGAGAUGGAGAAGAUGCGCGAGAAACACAGUCGUCGGAAGAAUCGGAAGUCGAAGGAGAAGAUAACCUCCAAGUGGUGCGGCGACAUCGUGAAUCUGAGGCAGCGGCGAACGAGGGUGCAGAGCUUGCAGUUUUACUAGCCGUGCCAGACUUCUUAGAAAAUCGUGCUCCAGUUGACGCAGUAGAAGAAGUGGAGCUCGAAGUUCCACAACCACCAGAAGUAACUCAAAAUCGAGCGCCGCCUCGUCGCCGCGCUGCUGCCCUGCCACAGCUGGGACUUGCUCCUGCAGCCCCUGCACCCCCUGCGGUAGCUCAAAAUCGAGCGCCGCCUCGUCGCCGCGCUGCUGCCCUGCCACAGCUGGGACUUGCUCCUGCAGCCCCUGCACCCCCUGCGGUAGCUCAAAAUCGAGCGCCGCCUCGUCGCCGCGCUGCUGUCCCGUCACAGCUGGGACUUGCACCUGCAGCCCCUGCAUCCCCAUGCAGUAGCUCGUAA